AAAACCCAACUGUUUGAUCGAUUUUGUUUUCACUUCACAACCGAAACUUCACUUUCUUCAACUCCACUCACGUCAAGAUUCAUAGCAGAAAUAAUGUUUUGGGGCAUUACACCUGCUUUAAACUUCUUCGAUGAAUUACCACCUGAAAAAAGCAAUAAAACAAUUAAUAUUUUAAUUGUUGGUGGUGCAGAUGCCCGCCACGUGUUGAAAACCAUCUCUAAAAAGUAUCAACAUCAAGAAAUCAUCAAAAUCAACUUUUAUAUCAUGGAACUUAUCCCGGAAGUCUACGCCAAGCAGAUUUUAUUGUUAAAUCUUGCAUUUCAGCCGUUGAAAACGCUUGGACUCAUACAAAAAACACGCCUGUUCAUGGAGAUCUACGGGAAUAUGUUGAUGCGUCCAUCAUCAGCAAGAUAUUUAACAUUUAUGGCCCAUAAUUUAAUAGAAAUGAUCACUAACUUAGAUCAUAUGAAACAGGUAUUACCAAUGGUAAACAUUGACUUGAAAUAUAAAGAACGUGAUUAUAUCGAGAACGUGUUUAAAUUCUGGAUGUCCAGUGACAAAUUUGAUGUGCUUGAAUGUUGGGACAAAAGAUUGAGAAAGACAUUAGGUGUAAGGUAUGAUACACGCAAUGCAGCCUUCGAUUGGGAUUUACACAUGAACCUGCAUCAAUCCGGAGCGAAAAAUCUCAACACACAAGAGUAUCAGUCAUUCAGACGCAAUGGCGUUGCUUUCGCAUGGUUGGAAAGUGAAGUUACAAGAACAAAUCGAUCUAUGGUCACUGGCGUCAUUACAAAUGGCGACCAUUUUGGACAUUAUGGAUAUUUGGGUGAUAUGCAAACAGGACCGUUUAUUUCCUACUGUGUGGAAUGUCCUGAUGAAGAAUUCACCAAGAAAUCCAACAAUGUUUAUAAAUAUCGCUCAACUGAUAUAUCAGAGCGGAAUUUACGUGAAAUUUUCCACGAAAUUGAAUUUGGUACAGAAUAUACGCAUCAGACAACUGGUUCUGUCACUUUGGGUUCCACUAUUAUGAAAAUCUCCGAUUGUAAUGUGGUUGAAUCCGGAAAUAUUACAGAUAUUAAAGAUAUGCAACGUAAAUACAGUGAUGAAUGUCUGGUAAUACCCGACGUGACACUCAACUUCGUCUCAAAGAAAAAUUUAUCUUCGUGGAAAUACAAUGAGAAAUUUCGAGAUUAUUUCGAUGUUAUUUACUUUGCUAACUUGUUUGCGAUCAAACACAUUGAUAAGGAGGUGGUGAAUCAUGUCUCCGCUGAGAAAUGUGUUCUGAUCAUAGAGAAUCCUUUAUUUGGUGUGAAUUAUCGCGAAAAAGACCUGGAGGAUCACUUGAAACAAGUUGAAACCAUGUUGGAUGGUGUUGACAAGUACCAGUGUCCGUAACUUGAAAAAGAUUCGUAUAUUAAGUAUAUCUUAAAGUAACACCAGAAAUUUUGAUGUUUUUUGGUGUAUAAUUCUUGAUUAAUGUGUAAAUUUGUUAGUAAAUCAUUAAAAUCAAUCCCAAUAGGGAUUCAAAGCAA